AUGUACGCGUAUUUCGCAUUACAGUCGCAAACUCGCAAACGUAAGCCAUUCCCGAAACUCCCGGUCCGUCAUAUCCCGGUUUACGGUAACGAUCCCUGUGCGCACCGGGAUUACGGGUACGGCUCGACAGUAUGCGUAUGUAAUGUAACAUAUUGCAACACGUUAGCACCGAUAGCCCGUACCGGGCCAGGUGUAGUAACUGUUUACGAGUCAAGUAAACAGGGUGAUCGCUUUUUGGAAAGCCAAUUAAAGUUUGGUCACUACCAGCAUACCGGUGCCGCUAAGGCCCAGACUAUUACAGUGGACAGGAGUAAGGGUCGGUACCAAAAGAUUGUCGGUUUCGGCGGUGCCUUUACCGACUCGACCGGACUCAACAUUAAGUCAUUGCCAGAGAAACUACAGAAGCAAUUGAUUGGCGACUAUUACUCGGGCACCGGUAUUGAGUACAACUUGGGUCGGGUGCCAAUCGCCAGCUCCGACUUCUCUACCCAUGGCUACAGUUACGACGAUAAGUCUGUCGGCGACUUUGAGUUCAAACACUUUGCGCUCACGGCUGAGGACUUUGACUAUAAGAUACCUUAUUUAAAACUCGCCAAGGAAGCAAACAAAAAUGCUAACUUUUUUGGCAGUCCGUGGUCACCACCGGCGUGGCUUAAAAAUAACUCACAAUUGAACCAUGGUGGUUAUUUAAUAGGUAACCCUGGUGGUCAACACUACAAGGCAUUCGCUCAUUACCUAGUCAAGUUCCUAGAUGCUUAUAAAGCACAGGGUGUUCCCAUGUGGGGCAUAACAAUCGAGAAUGAGCCUGGUGCCGGUAAACACCCAGAUUGGGCAAACCCUAGCUUGGGGUUUACGGCUCAACAACAGCGGGAUUUCAUAAAACUAGAUUUGGGACCCAUUAUGGAGGGGGCGGGCUAUGGGGCCAACACUACCCAACUAAUGAUGUUCGACGACGGGAGGAAUGAGAUCCAGGAUUGGGCCCGUACUAUACUCGGGGACAGGGAGGCGGCCCGGUAUGUGGCGGGCGUGGCGUUUCACUGGUACGCCAAUACGGUGGACAAUAUUGUUAAUUUGGACACCGCCCAUGGGGUUGACCCUAGUAAGUUUUUGUUGGCUACCGAGGCCUGCGAGGAAUGGAGGGGUCAGGAUAAGCAUGUUCACCUUGGUAGUUGGGACGCGUUUGAGAGAUACGCCAAUGAUAUUAUCAGGGAUUUAAAUCACUGGACCGGGGGUUGGGUGGACUGGAACCUGGCGCUCGACACCCGGGGUGGGCCUAAUUGGGUGAACAACUUUGUGGACGCACCUAUCAUCAUAAAUGCCACGGGUCACGAGUACUACAAACAGCCUAUCUACUACGCUAUGGGACAUUAUAGUAAAUUUCUAGCACCGGGAUCCCAACGGGUUUACAACAGUCUCGGGACUAGUGUUGAUAAGUUUGAGGCAACGGUGUUUGAGCGCCCCGAUGGCGGGACUGUAGUUAUUGUGUUGAAUCUAAGCGGGGAUGCCAUAGAUGUGACCAUAAAUGACGUGCAAAAUAAAGGGAAAGUCACGCAUUUGUUGAAACCGCACUCAAUUCAAACUUAUGUUUAUUAUAAAAAUUAA